GUGAAGUGUCGUAACCGUAAAUAUCUGUAAGUAAUGCAGCGACUGGACCGCGAUUGCAAAAUCACUUAUUCCUGGAGGCACCAAAAAUAAAUGUAUGGUGUUUCAUAAAUUUACGUUUAAAUGCAUGUUAAAUUUUACUUUGUGUUAAAAUGAAUAAACAAAGUUACUGAAACUUAAUUCUGAUUUUUUUAACAGUGAUGGUGAAUAGAGUGAGGCAUGCUGCAUUAGUAACUACAUAACAAAUAUGUCUAUUUUAUUUAGAAUUAAAACAAGAAGUGGUAAAAUGACGGUAAAAGGGACUUUUUUUAUUUAGCUAUUAUCUGUGUUUAAUCCAUCACCCAAAAAUAAAGGAAAAAGUAUUCUACAACUGUUUCUACAAACCUACCAAGACACGGCCAUUAUCCACUCAAACUGACAGAUCCAGCAAGGAGCGCUGAUCAGAGAAGCAGCCGAGAGAACCAUGAUCACUCUGAAGGAGCUGCAGAGAUCCACAGCUUUUCUUCAGCAGGGACAGGGAAGCUGGACAGGGCUGAUGGGGAGAUGGAUAGAGAGAAAUAAACCUGAAAAGCUGUUUAGCUCAAAUUUAAGAAGUAUAUUUGAUAGUUGGAUCAACCUUUAAUGUUAAAAUGUGGUUGAAAUAAUAUCUGUUGUAGUUUCAGUGUUAAAAAAACACUUAAUAAAAAUAUUAUUUAAUGUAAAAAUUGUAGAAUUAUUUAGCAUUUUAAUAAAUGUUAUGUGCUAUCACAGAUCACUGUAACAAAUGGAGAAGCUGAUGGGCAUAAAAAUGUCAUUCAUCCAACCAACCAGGCCUCUGGAAGGGAAGCAGUUUUGAAACACUUGUUUUAUUAAAUUAUGAGUCGGCAAAAUUUAGACACGUUUAAGUUCAGGGUCAACAUGACCAUGCUGGUGUGUGUGUGUGUAUCUGCAUGUGUGAGUGUGUGUGUGUGUGUGUGUGGUUAUAAGUGAAGAACUGAAGCAUGCCUCCAGAGAAGAAUGGAGCAGAGUGGUUUAGAGUAUCUCUGUUUGUUCUUCAGACUGGGAGGGCGGAUGCUGAUGUUUGAUUGGCUGUUCCUCGGGGGGAUGGACACCCUCGUUCUGGUGUUGAGCUCGUUCCUCCUCUGGGCUUCAGACUGCAGCUCUGUUCCCUUCAUCAUCAGCGAUCCUGAAGCUCCUGAAGGAUGUUUAAACCUCGACUCAGACGCUCCCGCAUCCCCUGUUUUGGAGUCCUUGGAGUGCAGAAGUGACUACACUACCCAUAUCCGCUGUAGCUGGAUUGAAACCUCAGGUUCUCCUCUCUCCCUGUUUCACCUGGAUCCAGAAUUCAAAAGUGAGUUGCCGUGUGUCCGUGGACCUCUGCUGGUCCAGAACUCUUCCACCCAGAAGCUCAGAGCUCAGUGCCGAUACAACUCCUCCAUGUUCGGCAUCGGCUUCACUGAUGUGUUCUUCUUCCAGACUCCUCACUCCCCCGGCAUCACCAAGAGCAUCAACCUAAUAAAGCACACAGUGAGGCGCUUCCCCAAUGACCUGGAUUUAAACAUCAUAGACCGUGUGGAACAGACACACCCUCCACUCCAACCAGAACCCUCCUCACUAGAGUAUGAUGGCAGUGGGUGGAGCCCCCUAUUGGUGAGAAACAGUGAUACAGACAGUCUCCCUGGCCCCUUUAACCUGCAGUGUGUGUAUGAUGGAGUGAGGGAGGUGAGGUGCAGCUGGGAGAUGAUGAGAGAACUCACACAGUUUAUCCUCUACAGUCUGAGAUAUCGAACACGUCCUGAUACUCAUUCAGGGUGGUGUUGUGGAAGGGUGGAGGAGGAAGGCGGUAAUGAUGAUGAUGCUGUUGUAAAGUUCUCGUGUUCGUUCUCCGUGUUUAAAGCUGAAGUGCUGCUGCUGGAUCUCAGACCGGAGCCACGAACCAGAGAUUUUCAGUCUAAUAAACACAUUGAGCCGGAUGCUCCGGAGGGUUUGAGUGUUGAGUUGAUUAGAGAUGAAUGGGUUUUAAACUGGACCAUCCCUGAAUACCACACUGUGUCCAUCUCCUCUGAACUCCGGUACUGGAGCUCACACUCUCCUGAGGAGGUGGAGACUGUUCUUCUCCCUCCUCGUGUUAGUGAGUUUAAGAUGGCGGAAAGCUCUCUGCUCAGCUCCACCCAUUACCUGGCUCAGGUGCGCUGUGCUGCGGUUCCUGGUGGUCGGUACGCUGGAUAUCCCUCAGACUGGACUGAACCGGUUCACUGGACCACCAGUCCCAGUCCUGGAUCAGGUGGGCACCGUGUUUAUUUCUACCUGGCUGUGAGUGUGUCUGUGACUGUGAUCCUGACAUACUUAAUUUUCCUGGCCUUCCACAGGAAGGUGAAAGUGUGGGAGGUGUCUCUUCCCUCUCCUUUACAGAGUAAAGCACUGAAGGCAGUCUGCCAGAUUCAUGGCGAGCGUCUGCCGUCCUACACAGAGGUGGAAGAUCCGUAUAUGAGUGAAGUGUGUGUGCUGAAGGACGUCAAGCACCUGAGUUUGCAUGAAUUUGACUGUGAAUAUGAAGACACAACAGCGUCCUCUGCUGCUGAGAGCCCCUCCUCACGCCUGCUGAAAUCUCAGGAGGGAUGCUGUGAGACCGGAUUAGGACUCAUGAUUGAGGAAGUUCAGGUUCUUUUGUGUAACAUCAGAUUGGAUGAUCUUCAGCCCUGCUCAGACCAGCAGAAUCCUGUGUCCAGUGCCGGUACUACCCAGGAUGCUUUGCUGGAAGUCUGUCAAGAAGGCGUAGAAAUGCAUGAUGGGUACCUGGACUGCCCGAAGUGA